UCUGACCCUCGAUAACCGGCGCAUAUCUUAGGAUCCCGGGGUCACUCCGCCAGGAGGAGAGAAAGGGUCCACUAUCCCCGUCGACGCACGACUCGCGCUCCGCACUUGUCAAUUACACGAUAUAAGUCGACGACAGCCAUGUCCUCCUUCAGACUCGGCGCCUCUAGGGUCGCCCGUCAGGUUCGGGCCCCUUGUGUGCGCAACACGAGGAGGUAUGCCUCCGACAGCCACGGUCCUGCCGACCACGCCCACAGCACUGCCGGCCAUGGGGAGCACCACCACGCCUCUGCCGACGAGGAGCUUGGAACUGCCUUCUACGUGAUAUUCGGCGCCAUCCCCGCAUUCGGUGCUCUCUACUAUUUCUCUCGGCCGGGCAAGGACGGACAGCCAAACAGCAUUACGAAGUGGUUGCAGAAGUGGGAGGAGCACCGGGAGGCAUUGGCCGACAAGAACGCUCUCAUGACAGCGGCUCUCGAGCAGGCUGCUCACGACAAGCACCUUUUCUACUAUGCCGGCGAACUGAGGAGCGGACACUACGAGAUGAAGUAUCCCGAAAUCUUUCAGCACGGUAGCGCUCGCAAUGUCCCGGCCGGUACUUAUAUCCGCUUGGACAAGGUUGUCGAGGUCUACAGGAAGCAGCACCUUGACGAAGAGGAGCGCAAGGCGAAGAAGCUGGCGGCGGCCAACUAGACAAGUGCUGUGCAAUGAUUGCAUACUUCCUCCCAACGUUAGACGUUAGACUCCUCCUUCCCGUCCUAUUGACAAGGGGCCGAACAUUCAGAAAGUUACCUUCCUCAUACGUGUACAUAGUCGCACACCGGGAAUCACCAUCAACCCACCAACGUCAAUUGCCGAAAUCAUCACAGGUUUUUCACUUUUCCUC